GCAUGCAGCCUUGACUUUGUCUCUCGCCAAUGUCGGACGACGCGAUGUCCCCUCUUUCUGACUUUCUGCGGCCUCUGGUUUUGUCUGGCCCGUCUGGCGUUGGCAAGAGCACUCUUCUCGCCCGUCUUUUUGCAGACUUUCCCGACAAGUUCGGCUUUAGCGUAUCCCACACCACUCGGUCGCCCCGCCCUGGAGAAGUCGACGGCGUCCACUACUACUUUAUCAACGCCGACAAAUUCAAGCAGCUGAUCGCGGAGGGCGCAUUUAUAGAGCAUGCUCAGUUCUCUGGCAACUUCUACGGGACGAGCUUCAUGACUGUACGCGAGGUCGGCAGGUCGGGCAGGCGCUGUAUUCUAGACAUAGAGGCCCAAGGUGUGCGCCAAAUAAAAAACACGGACCUGAAUCCUGUCUACGCGUUCAUCAGUCCACCCUCGAUCACCGCACUGCGUCAACGACUGCAGGGACGUGGUACAGAAAGCGAGGCGUCGGUGCAAAAGAGGCUUGCCACGGCACUCAAGGAGAUAGAGUAUGCAAAACAACCUGGGGCGCAUGACGUCGUGAUAGUAAACGACGACCUCGACAGGGCGUACGGUCUGUUCAAACGGCUUGCGCUGGGAGAGAGGAUACAGGGAGACACGUUACCUCCCUUGGAUGACUUCCCUUCGGACGAGUGAAUAUGACGGACUAGCACUUAGACAGCAGAGACGUUAAAUAAUGCCAGAAAGAAGUAACAGACCGUUGGGUGAUUCGGCAAGUCGG